AUGCACCAUACUCCAAAAGCAUGGACUCUCAUUCUUCAGUGUCCACUUUUCACGUCCGUAAGAGGGGAUUGCAGUCCCCCUGUAUUCUCUGCAAAACCCGUUCAUAUUCCAAAGCUACCAAACUGGUUUCUGAAUCGAAAACCUACGUACCAGGAUGCUAUAACUUUCCAUGUAUCCGUCCAAGAUGACAAUAAUAUCAUUGUCUCUUUGGAAGCUUCAGAUGUCAUGAGUCCAUCGUCUGUUUAUGUUGUGAAGAUAACUGGCGAAUCCAAAAAUUACUUCUUUGAGUUUGAGGAAUUCAACAGCACUCUGCCACCUCCUGUUGUUUUUAAGGCCAAUUAUCAUGGACUUUAUUAUAUAAUCACGCUCGUUGUGGUAAAUGGAAAUGUGGUGACCAAGCCAUCCAGAUCAAUCACUGUUUUAACAAAACCUCUACCUGUAACCAGUGUUUCAAUAUAUGAUUACAAACCUUCUCCUGAAACAGGAGUGCUGUUCGAGAUUCAUUAUCCAGAAAAAUAUAACGUUUUCACGAGAGUAAAUAUAAGCUACUGGGAAGGUAAAGACUUCCGGACAAUGCUAUACAAAGACUUCUUUAAGGGAAAAACAGUGUUCAACCACUGGCUCCCAGGAAUAUGUUAUAGCAAUAUCACCUUCCAGCUGGUGUCCGAAGCCAUGUUCAAUAAAAGUACUCUUGUGGAGUACAGUGGUGUCAGUCAUGACCCCAAGCAGCAUAGAACUGCCCCUUAUCCCCCCCGAAAUAUUUCAGUUCGCAUUGUGAACUUGAACAAAAACAGCUGGGAGGAAGAGAGUGGCAGUUUCCCGGAGGAAUCAUUCAUGAGAUCAUCAGAUCAAUCCCUGGGAAAAGACAAACUCUUCGAUUUCCCGGUCGAAACUCCUGAAAUCCCCUCUGGCAACAUUUCUUUGGGUUGGCCGGAUUUUAACCUCAGUGACUACGAAACGACAUCUCAGCCGUAUUGGUGGGACAGGGCACCUGCAACUCCUGAAAAGGAAGACGGAUUUGUCAGUGUACUUCCCAUGGAAUAUGACAACAACAACAAUAAUAACACACUCGGGGAGAGUGAAAAAUCCUUAUCAGGCUCCUUUGCGUUUUUCCCUGUCCAAAUGAUAUUGAGCUGGUUACCACCGAAGCCACCCACUGCCUUUGAUGGGUUCCACAUUUACAUAGAAAGAGAAGAAAACUUUACUGAAUAUGUGACAGUGGGCGAAGAAGCACACGAAUUUGUUGCUGAACUGAAAGAGCCUGGGAAAUAUAAAUUAUCAGUGACAACGUUCAGCUCCUCAGGAUCUUGUGAAACUCGAACAAGUCAGUCAGCAAAGUCAGUGAGCUUUUACAUCAGUCCUUCAGGAGAGUGGAUUGAAGAAUUGACCGAGAAGCCCCAGCGUGUGAGUGUGCACAUCCUAAGCUCAACCACGGCCUUGAUAUCCUGGACGUCUUCCCACGAGAACUACAACAGCACCAUCGUGUCCGUGGUGUCGCUGACCUGCCAGAAACAAAAGGAGAGCCAGAGGCUUGAAAGACAGUACUGCACUCAGGUGAACUCCAGCAAACCUAUCAUUGAAAACCUGGUUCCUGGUGCCCAGUAUCAGGUUGUGUUGUACCUAAGAAAAGGCCCGUUGAUUGGACCACCUUCAGACCCUGUGACAUUUGCCAUUGUUCCCACUGGAAUAAAGGAUUUAAUGCUCUAUCCCUUGGACCCUACAGCCGUGGUGCUGAGCUGGACUAGACCGUACUUAGGAGUGUUCAGAAAAUAUCUGGUUGAAAUGUUUUAUUUCAACCCCACCACAAUGACUUCGGAGUGGACAACGUACUAUGAAAUAGCAGCGAGCGUCUCCUUAACUGCAUCAGUGAGAAUAGCUCAUCUGUUGCCAGCAUGGUAUUACAACUUCCGUGUUACCAUGGUGACAUGGGGAGACCCAGAGCUGAGCUGCUGUGACAGCUCCACUGUGAGCUUCAUAACAGCCCCCGUGGCCCCAGAAAUCACUUCCGUGGAAUAUUUUAACAGUCUCUUAUAUAUCAGUUGGACAUAUGGUGAUGACACCACUGACCUCUCCCAUUCUAGGAUGCUACACUGGAUGGUUGUUGCAGAAGGAAGGAAAAAAAUUAAAAAGAGUGUAACACGAAAUGUCAUGACUGCAAUUCUCAGCCUGCCUGCAGGAGACAUCUACAACCUCUCAGUAACCGCUUGUACUGAGAGAGGAAGUAAUAUGUCCAUGUUCCACCUUGUCACACUCGAACCAGCUCCUCCAAAAUCACUUUUUGCCGUGAAUCAAACCCAGACUUCCGUGACUUUGCUGUGGGUGGAAGAGGGCAUAGCUGACUUCUUCCAAGUCUUCUGUCAACAAAUUGGCUCCAACCAGGAAACCAAACUCCAGGAACCACUUUCUGUUUCUUCUCAUGUUGUGACCGUCGCUGGCCUCCUUCCUGCCACCGCCUACAACUGCAGCGUCACCAGCUUUAGUCAUGACAGUCCCAGCACCCCGACAUUCAUAGCCGUGUCGACACUGGUUACAGAGAUGAAUCCCAAUGUGGUAGUAAUCUCAGUGCUGGCCAUCCUUAGCACACUUUUGAUUGGACUGCUGCUUGUGACCCUGGUCAUUCUAAGGAAAAAGCAUCUACAGAUGGCUAGGGAAUGUGGAGCCGGGACAUUUGUCAACUUUGCAUCCUUAGAGCGGGAUGGAAAGCUGCCAUACAACUGGCGUAGGAGUAUAUUUGCUUUCUUAACCCUGCUACCCUCCUGUCUUUGGACUGAUUAUCUUUUGGCAUUUUAUAUUAAUCCUUGGAGUAAAAAUGGCUUAAAGAAGAGGAAACUGACCAACCCGGUUCAGCUGGAUGACUUUGAUGCCUACAUCAAGGAUAUGGCCAAAGACUCGGACUAUAAAUUUUCUCUUCAAUUCGAGGAGUUGAAAUUGAUUGGCCUGGAUAUUCCACACUUUGCUGCAGAUCUUCCACUGAAUCGCUGUAAAAACCGUUACACAAACAUCUUACCGUAUGACUUUAGCCGGGUGAGAUUAGUUUCCAUGAAUGAAGAAGAAGGUGCUGAUUACAUCAAUGCCAAUUAUAUACCCGGAUACAACUCACCCCAGGAGUAUAUCGCCACCCAGGGGCCGCUGCCAGAAACCAGAAAUGACUUUUGGAAGAUGGUCCUGCAGCAGAAGUCUCAGAUGAUUGUCAUGCUCACUCAAUGCAACGAGAAAAGGAGAGUGAAAUGUGACCAUUAUUGGCCUUUCACGGAAGAACCCAUCCCUUAUGGAGACAUCACCGUGGAGAUGGUCUCAGAGGAGGAACAGGACGACUGGGCCUGUAGGCAUUUCCGGAUCAGCUAUGCUGAUGAGAUGCAGGAUGUGAUGCAUUUUAACUACACUGUGUGGCCCGACCACGGCGUGCCCACGGCGAAUGCUGCAGAAAGCAUCCUACAGUUUGUGCACAUGGUCCGGCAGCAAGCUACCAAGAGCAAAGGGCCCCUGAUCGUACACUGCAGCGCCGGCGUGGGACGCACGGGGACAUUCAUCGCCCUGGACAGGCUCCUGCAGCACAUUCGGGACCAUGAGUUUGUGGACAUCUUAGGGCUGGUGUCGGACAUGAGGUCAUACCGCAUGUCUAUGGUACAGACAGAGGAGCAGUACAUCUUUAUCCACCAGUGUGUCCAGCUGCUGUGGAUGAAGAAGAAGCAGCAGUUCUGCAUCAGCGAUGUCAUCUAUGAGAAUGUCAGCAAGUCCUAGCUCAGAACGGGGAGGGGU